CAAGCGUUUCUGUUUAUUCGCGUUCAGUUCUGGCAGCCCAGCUUCUGGCGAUGAGGAUUAUGAGGAGGCCAAACAUCCUCCUCACAGGAACCCCAGGGGUCGGGAAGACCACCCUUGGCAAAGAGCUUGCUGAGAGGACCGGGCUAGUUUAUGUCAAUGUCGGAGAACUGGCACAGGAAGGUCAGCUGUUCGAUGGCUAUGAUGACGAGUACCAGUGUCCAAUUCUGGAUGAAGACAGGGUUGUUGAUGAGCUAGAGGACAAAAUGGCUGAUGGAGGCGUUAUCGUGGACUACCAUGGGUGUGACUUCUUCCCCGAGCGCUGGUUUCACAUUGUGUUUGUCCUUCGCACGGACAACACUAACCUUUAUAACCGACUUGAAAACAGGGGUUACACGGGCAAGAAGCUGCAGGACAACGUCCAGUGUGAGAUCUUCCAGACCAUCUACGAAGAAGCCAUGGAGGCAUACAAAGGCGAGAUCGUGCACCAGCUCCCCAGUAACGACCCCGAGGACCUGGAGAGGAACCUGGAGCAGAUCAUGCAGUGGAUUGAGCAGUGGAGCAAUGAGAACAACUGAAAGUGCUCUGUGUGGCAGACUCUGAAAGACACUGUAGAAAUAUCGCACCUCACAUACAUGCACCUUGACAAUGAGAUGCUGAAUUACCACUCCAACUUUCUUCAUAAGGUCUGUGCAGCGCAAGAAAAGCUCAUUCAACUACUAAUUAAUACAAGUUGAAGCAGGUGGACAAAUGUGAGGUCAAAUAGAUGAGUAUCAUUAUAAUAACGUGUGGAGAAUAUAAGCUGUUUUGUACUGUGGUCAGUAACCUUUUUCUUAUGUAAGUCGCACAUUUCUAGUUUCAUCCUUCGAAGGGCAACUAUGUUAGUUUUAUCUCCUUGGCUUUUUUUGGAACAUUAAUCACUAAGAUUUGCAUUUUGAAAGUUGCUUUUUUUAAAAAUUGGAUAAAUAAGAAGAGGCAGUGGGUGUUUUGAGUGACUGAUAAAUGAUGGGAUGAGAAUUGCUUGAGCCAGUUUCACAUAUACAUAUAUAUAUAUUUGGCAGGAAUAAUUUUUAAUGUCGUAAAACGAGUUCCAUGUAAGUGUCUUAAAGAGUAAAGUUCUCAUAUAAUUUGCUGGCAGGUGGGAACUCUGUGUGUAGUAGAACUCCUGGGCUGUUUUGAUGGAAAUAUUACGUUUCAGCUAAAGAAGCAAUAAAACAUGGCAGACGA